CAUCAGAGAAGAACCGCUUUGAGUUUUCUGACAGUGCAGCAGGAGUUUAUACAGUGAGCAUCAGUAAUGUGAGCCUGACAGAUGCUGGAGUUUACUGGUGUGGAGCAGAAACCAGACACACGCAUCUGAUUUCUGUUUCUCUCACCAAUAAACACGAGCUGACCUUAUCCAGUAAACCUGAGCUGACUUCAUCCAAGCCUCCAGUGGUCAGACGUGAAGGAGAUUCAGUCCAGAUCAAAUGCUCUUAUGAUGAAAACUAUUCAGCAGAAGUAAAGCAUCUGUGCAAAGGAAAGUGUUUCACUCCAGAUGCUCUGAAGAUCAUUCAAUCAGAUGAAGAUCAUGAUAAAAACCCAAAGAUUUCAGUAAAGAACGACACUGAACUCAAUCUCUUCACUGUGAACAUGACUGAACUGAGAGCAGAGGAUGCUGGGAAAUACUGGUGUGCAGUGAAAGACACGUUUAACCUUCCCCUUGAGCUCAUGAUCGUCAUGAAGGAAGUCGUCACUCAUGAAGCGUCUGUCGGAGGAUCAGCGUCCAUCAGCUGUAAACACAUCAGGAAUCAAAAUCAGAGUGUUUUCUGCAGAGGAGAUCAGCCCGAUAUCUGCAUCAGAGACGGAGUUCGUGUUUCAUCAAAUAAGAGAAUAAACAGCAGAUUCUCUCUGACUGAAGAAACCUCUGCUGGAGUCUUUACUGUGAACAUCAGCGAUCUGACAGUAGAGGAUUCUGGGAAAUACUGGUGUGCAGAGGAGAGCUCUGGGUCCUUCAUAUUCACUGAAGUUCAGCUACAUGUGACCAGAGAAAUGUUGACAUCUGACACCAAAAGAGAAACAUCCCAGAAUAAAGACAAGCCUGAAAUAACCUCGUCUGGCACAAUAAAGGAAACAAUCCAGGAAACAGAAAAGUCUGGGUUUUCAGUGACAGCUGUGGUUUCUGUGGGUUUGAUUCUGCUGGCUCUGGUUACAGUCUUACUCUUAUUCAAACUGAAACACAACAGACACGACAUCAUCUCAUCAUCAGACAGAAGAGAGACAGGAGAUCAUGAAACAGCUCAAGAAGAGAUUCAAGACGCCAGACACCAUUCAGACUCAGAUCCUGAAUCAACUCCUCUCUAUUCGACAGUUCAGUUACCCACAAUCCCCUCUGACUCACAGACUCCAGUUUACUCCACAGUUCAGUUACCCACAAUCCCCUCUGACUCACAGACUCCAGUUUACUCCACAGUUCAGUUACCCACAAUCCCCUCUGACUCACAGACUCCAGUUUACUCUACAGUUCAGUUACCCACAAUCCCCUCUGACUCACAGAAUCCAGUUUACUCUACAGUUCAGUUACCCACAAUCCCCUCUGACUCACAGACUCCAGUUUACUCCACAGUUCAGUUACCCACAAUCCCCUCUGACUCACAGAAUCCAGUUUACUCCACAGUUCAGUUACCCACAAUCCCCUCUGACUCACAGACUCCAGUUUACUCCACAGUUCAGUUACCCACAAUCCCCUCUGACUCACAGACUCCAGUUUACUCCACAGUUCAGUUACCCACAAUCCCCUCUGAUGGGCUCCUGUACUCUUCCAUCAGUUUCCAGAAGCAUGAAGAGUCUCUCAGCGACGCUACAGUCAGAUUCAGUAAAGAAGAGAUUCACUCUGAUUACGCAUCUGUCAAUCACAGCAUCACACCUAAUUAAUAUUUCCAGUGGAUUUUUUUUUUUUUUUUUAUACACAACUUGAA